AUCUACCCAAGAGUUUCAAAUCAUGGAGGAAAUUUUUUCAUUAAUCCACCAGGGCUGCAACUUAACUAGAGACCUGGAAUCAAACUUUCCAAGCUUGAUAAACAAUCCCAUUUUACUUUCUAAUUCAUGUGAAGACAUAGUAAGGGUCUUCACUAAAGCUUCUGAUCGAUUGAAAACCCUAGCACCUCCACCGGAUCUUGAGGCAAGUGUUCAUGAAUGGCUGAGGUCUAGUUAUACGCAGUCCAUGAGCAUGGCUGCCGGUGACCUUUUUCAGGCCCAGCUCUUCUCAGAUAAGAACCCGUUUGAUGUGAGGUUACUCAUGGCCACCAGGGAUGUAGAGGGUUCUUCUUCUAUGAAGUCGAAAGGUGGAGGAGUAGAGGCGUCUGAUGCCGGCAAGAGCUCCGUGACCCAACGGUCACGGAAGAGGAAAGAUGGUGGUGUGGAAAAGCAUACGGUGAAGGCAACAGGUCCUCGAAUAGGGAACACAGAGAUCCCACCGGAUGACGGCUUCACAUGGAGAAAGUACGGUCAGAAAGAGAUUCUUGGCUCAAAAUUUCCUAGGAGCUACUAUAGGUGCACCCACAAGAGCUUCUACGGUUGCAAUGCUAAGAAGCAAGUCCAGCGAUUAGAUGAAGAUCCAAACACCUUUGAAGUAACCUACUGCGGCCACCACACCUGUCUCAUGUCCUCCACUGCACAGUCUGUGUCGCCGCCGGCCACCAUUAGCCAGAUGGAGCAGAUUGAAGUAGAGCCAACACAAACAACGCGUCCCCAAAGAAGAUGGCAUUCCCUAGAACCCAACAACCCUACAGACCUUCGUUUGCGAAUGUCCGGCAACUUCAACGUGGCUGGUGGCGCAAGCAGCAGUGAUGAAGUCGCUGCCACUAAAGGUCAGGGUCCCUCACAAUCACAGGUGCGUGACGGUAAAGAACCUGAGUGGCCUGUGAUGGAUCUCGCCGAUGCCAUCUUUAAUUCUGGAAGCAGUAGUAGCAGCAUGGAUGCUAUCUUCUCUUUCAUGCAAGACAAGUAGAUUAACUUACAGGAGAUAACAUGAAUAGUUAAGUUUCACAUAGGAUGAUUCAUUGUUUGGUGCAGCCAUCUACUCAUUACAGGUAGUUGCAGCAUUCUUGGAAUACAUUCUAAGGUCAAUAAUGCAUUCCAAGAAAUCAUACCAAAUACAACCUUAUUUUUUCACCCAU